CGGGGUCGGACGCUUAAGUUUCUGCAACAUCAUUGUUUUUGAACUGUUUAAAGAUCGCCUUUUGGACAAAGUGUUGUGCGUGAAUGCAAAAAAAAACCACAGCCACGACCAAACAGUCUGUUGAGUGGUGACAAUAAAUGGGUUAGUCUUAUAAAAAACAAGUGCAUCUUCGUUUUGUCUCUAAUCGGACAGUCUUUGGUGGGUCAGUACCCGGAGCCGGUAAAUAGUUCUAUAUGGUGAAGAGCUAUAAAAGCAAACAAUUUUUACAUGGUCCUUCGAGCCAGAACCUGGACUUGCCAGAGAGAUAGAAGAUGUCACAACAUUCAGAGGAUGAGCCAAUUGUGCGCGUCAGGAGGCAGACAGUCCUUCCCGCACGUUACGAUGAGUAUGAUCUCACUGGAUUCACCCUCCCUAAGCCUGUUACACAACCCAUGUCACCACUCAUCCAUUCAACCAGACUGGCUGAAGGCGACGAAGCAGAGGAAGGCGCAACUGGCUUUACUCCAUUGUUACCAGGUUAUGAAGUAGACAGUCCGCUACAGUGGUCUGGCGACGAGCAUGAAUCUGCAUCAGACAUCAUAAGGAGAGAGAAUAAGGAUCUCCGCAUAGCCCUGCAAAUAAUACAGCAGGAAAGAAACACAUUCCAGAACGCAAAUAACCAAUACGUAAAGGAGCUUUCUCAGCUCAAGCAACAGAUAAAGCAGCUACAAAUUCAGAUGGAUCAACAAUGUCCAGGAAAUCAGCCACCUUCACCUGUUGCCCCUCCAAGGCAGCAUAGCUCCAGUCAUCCUAUACCUGCACCACGUGUCCAGCCACAGGCACGUUCUGUGGAAAUGAGUAUCAAACCUGUACCAGCUCAACGCCACAGACUACAAAUGGAGCAUCAGACUGAGAACAAGUUUCGAAGCCCAAAUCCAGUAUCCACCCCCCUUACCAAACUGAGCUCCUCCUACCAUUAUAUGCCAUAAACGGGUCAGAGAUCUGACGUGCACUAUUCCCAUAGACAGGACAUUUCCAAUUCGCCAUAUAGGGACUCUCAAGACACUGCCAGGCAUCCACAAAUACUAUGCCGGUCACUUACUCCGUCACC